CAAAUAGUUUAAUUGGAAGUUAAAAUAUUAGGUGAUACAAUACCUCUUCCAAUAUUAAAACCAAAUAGUUUAAUUGAAAUUUAAAUAUCAGCUAACCAAUAAACUUUCUCCGAGAGUGGCGGUCAUUCAAUGGGAGGAAAGUUUCUUGGUGAGGAGGAGGGGAAGAGGACUGUAUAAGAAAUGGGGAAGAAGAACCCACCCCAUUUCAGUAGAUUGCUCAGUAUCUAUCUCAACUCUAUCGUAUCCAACGAAAAAACUCUCCUGUCUUCUCUCUCUUCUUCUUUAACCACCACUCAAACGAACUCCAUUUUCAGCGAAACCUUCGCUUCAGCGCCGUCUCCUUCUCUUUCUUCCUCCUCUCCUUCUCCCUCUUCUCCCCCAAUUUUUUUCAGAGACAAUGGCCUCAUAAACCGAAUGUGCAGAGAGAAGAGAUUCAAAGAAGCCGUCGAUCACCUUUGUCAACAAAAACGACUUAGAGAAGCCAUUAAUAUCCUCAACCUCAUAGACCCCUCAAACCCACACCAGUUCGCACCAAUUUAUGCCUCUCUUCUCCAAGCUUGCGCGCAGCAAAGGGCUCUUGACGAGGGCAAAACCGUCCAUUCCCACAUGCUCAGCUCCCCUUCCUUUGAACCAGGCCUUUUCCUCUUCAAUCGCCUCUUAGACGUGUACAUAAAGUGUAACAGCUUGAAUCAAGCUCGCCAGUUGUUUGAUGAAAUGACCCAAAAGGAUAUUUGUUCUUAUAACACUUUAAUUGCAGGCUACUGUAAAGUGGGUGAUCUAUGCAAUGCUAAGAAACUCUUUGAUGAAAUGGAUCAGAGAGAUAAUUUCUCGUGGAGCUCGAUAAUCUCUGGUUAUGUUCGCCAUGGAAGUCCCAAUGAAGCUCUCUCCAUUUUUAGAGAGAUGAAGCAAAAUAAUGAAUUGGGUCUUAACAAAUUCACCGCUUCGAGUGCUUUAGCAGCUUGUGCUGCCUCUUCUUCACCAAACCAAGGAAGAGAACUGCAUGCCCAUAUAACGAGAACUGGGCUUGAAUCUGAUGCAAUAGUUUGGAGUGCUCUAUCUGAUAUGUAUGCAAAAUGUGGGAGUAUCACAGAGGCAAGAUAUGUGUUUGAUAGGAUUCUAGAGAGAGAUACAGUAGCUUGGACCACCAUGAUAGGGCGUUAUGUGCAGGCGGGCCAGGCAUCAGAAGCUCUGCAACUCUUUUAUGAAAUGGUGAAACAAGGGGAUUCGAAACCUAAUGAGUUCACUUUUGUAGGAGUAUUGAGUGCAUGUGCCAUGAAAGCCGCAGAGAAGCUAGGUAGAGAGGUCCAUGGAUACAUGGUUCGAGCUGGUUUUGAUCCAUCAGGAUCAUCAGUUAGUGCACUGGUCGAUAUGUAUGCCAAAUGUGGCAACAUAAAAAGCGCAGAAAACAUCUUUCAGAGCAUACCUAAUCCUGAUUUGAUCACUUGGACAGCGAUUAUUAGUGGCUCCGCGAAAAAUGGCAGGGACUUAGAGGCCCUCCAAUACUUUGAAACUUUGCUAAAUUUAGGCAAAAAACCCGAUCAUGUAACCUUUGUUGGGGUCCUAACAGCUUGCACUCAUGCUGGUUUAGUCGAAAAGGGUCUUGAAAUCUUUGUCUCAAUUAAAGGAAAACAUGGGCUUGAACACACUAGUGAACACUAUGCUUGUAUAGUUGAUCUUUUGAGCAAAGCUGGUAGGUUUAGAGAAGCAAUGGCGAUAGUAGAUACCAUGCCUAUGAAACAUAAUAAGUUCUUGUGGGCUUCACUGCUUGGUGCUUGUAGGACUCAUGGGAACCUCGAGUUAGCAAGAAAAGCAGCUGAGGCUUUGUUUGAGAUUGAGCCUGAGAAUGGGGCGACCUAUGUUACGUUGGGAAAUAUUUAUGCAGAUGCGGGGAUGUGGGAAGAGGUUGAGAGGGUGAGAAGGUUAAUGGAGGACAGAGGCAUUGUGAAGAAACCAGGUUCGAGUUGGAUUGAGAGAGAGGAAGGAGAGGUCAUGGUUGAAUCGUGAAAGAGGUGAGUGAUAUGUGGUUUCAUUUUUUAGAUACUGCAAUAAAACCAUUUAUCUUUGGUGUUCCUGCAAUUUGAAAACCUCGUCUUCCUAAGCUCCCAUGAAGCUGCGUUCCAACCAACUUGUCCUUGUGAUUUUGAGAAUGGAUAUAGAGCAUUGAAGGAGAAAGGCAACAGUAAAUGCCUCUAUCUUGGUCAUGAAUGCAUACCCCUGAGGUAGCCAUACAACUACUGAGAGUGCAAUCACAUUUUGUACUUUGAAAAGAAAGCUGACAUCUUUGUGAAAGAAUCAAAGAGAGAAAGAUAACUUUGGGGGCUUCACCUUGAGAGAGAGAGGUGUUGGUGUAUUAACAGAGAGAAUGAGUUUUAUAGUUGGUGUCUUAAGAGAGAGAGAGUUUUGGGGAUUUGUAGAGAUUGAUUUUGGCGUUUACAGAGAGAGAUAUUUUGAGGGCUUCACUGUGAGAGAGAGCUGUUGGGUGGUUUUACCAUGAGAUAGAGAGAAAACCCGUAUGAGAGGGACAAAUCACCAAGAGGAAGAUUGGCUGGUGUUUCAGGGUGCUUCCUGGUUCCUGUCAUUUGGCCCGUUUAGGUUAAAAUUGAUGAGAUAGAUCCUAGAUGGUGAGGACGUAGAUGGAGAGAGGGGGAAGGCCGGUGCUCUCAUUGUGAGAUGGCGAGAGGAGGGAGGCCGGAGUUUUGCGACCAAGAGGGAGAAGAUCCUACUUGUGGCUGUUAAAUUUACAUAAAUCUGCCUUGCAAGAGAGAUGUUUAAUUUAUAGAAAGCAAAUCCAAACAACUAACAAGUAAUUCUAAAACCAAUCAACACAAGAGACACUGGAAUAAUCCUAGAUUUAAUCAACAAAUUAGACACUUUGUUAAAUAUAGCUUGUUAAUUCCAAUACAUUUACAUAGCAACAAUCAUCCUCGCAACAUAUAAUUUUGCUCACUGGAAGAGUAGAUAAUAAAUAUAGCUGCUACCACCAUGGCAGCUAAG